AUGGCGGAUCCUCUUGGAGGUCCCCAAAAGCCCGAAGGGGACGAUGCCUUGUGCACCAACUGUGGCGAGGCUGGCCACUGGGGUUCCUUUUGCUAUAACAAGAUCCGUGAACGACCAGCCGCGAGCUCGGCACAAGAUGCCCAGAGAAGUGGCAGGGACCGCAACCGUGCCGGGAAGAGACGUCACGCUCCCCCAAUCAUCAAUAGGUACACACGUCCAGGAACGCAGGAUAAUUCAAACUUUCCACCCCCUGGAUUCAACCCGGCGCCUCCAGCGCCAUAUGCAGCGCAGCCGCCGCCGUGGGUGCCUGCCCCGUCUCCUGCUGACUUGGGUGUCCCUCAAUACACCCCUCAGCCUCAUUACCCCCAAGGUCAAUACCCUCUAGAGUACCCUAAUUCAUUUCCCGCACCGCCUCUACAUCAGUCGUAUGGGCCUCCUCCUCCACCUUCAGGGCCGCCCUUGGGGCCGCCACCACCUUUGGGGCCACCACCGGCGUUGCAGGCUCACCAGGGCGGGUUCCAGCAUCAGGCCCCGGCUCCGCUUUAUCCACAGGUUCCUGAUAGCUACCAUCAAGUUCCUCAGCCUGUGCACUCGGGACCUCCUGGUUUUACACAAGCUCCUGGAACCUAUCCUUCAGUUCCUCAGCCUGUGCACUCGGGACCUCCUGGUCUCACACAAGCUCCCGGUCGUUUUGGCCCUCAAUCAAAGCCUAAAAAUGUUCCUGGUAGCUCUGAUAAGCACCAGUCCAGCGGGGGAUCAAACCCGGAAAAGCAGCCAAAUCAGGCUCCCCAAAGCAAGCCGCUCACGACGCCAACAGAGCAAAGUGAAGAGGUGGAUUAUACCCUUCCACAGAAGCCGGUAACAAAGCUUCCUCCUCCAUAUCAACAUCCUGCCCAUCUGGUAAACCAGAACAGGCUGGACAAGCGGCGUACUCAGCGAAGCCAGAAGCAGCAAGAGCGUGGCCAGGCCAACCGGGAUAAGGGUAACCAGAAUGGAGGUGCCAAUAACCGGCGAAAUUCCAGUCAUAGAAAGCAGAAUGUAUCAAACAAGAGCAACAGUCCACGAUUUCGCAAGAGAUCCAGAGACGGCGCUCCAGCUGAAGAUGCAAAAUCGGCUACCAAGACUGAGAACUCGCCGGGUAGACUCGAGGCAGAUGAUAAGUCCAAUGAGGCGUCGACGCCUCGGAAGACUUGUGAAAACGAGCUGCCUACUGAAGGAGGCUCUAGUAAUCAAGAAGUUGCAGAGCCCCAUGAUCAGGAGAAGUCAAAAGUUACAGACCAGCCGAAGGAGAACUCAGACGAUGUCAAAGACGCCAGUCUCAACUCCGAUAGCGGGGAUACAAAUAAACUCACACACGAUGAUCCUGCUGUAGACCUUGCCAGCAAGGAUACAGAGUGUGCAGAGACUGUUGAAAAUGGCUCUUCUGCCAACACAGACCAAAAACUCUUAGUUGACAAAUCUGAUGUCAAGCAAGAAUGCUCUGAGGAGGCGAAUCCUAAGGCACCUCAUACGGUGGAGGAGCCAAUCGAUCGUCAGGAAAUGGGACGAAAGCGGAGGCACACAGAUGAGGAGGAUGAGUCUCCCCAAGAUCAUCUCAUUAAAAGACGGAAGUCAUCCGAAGCUGAGGGCCUUGAACCCAAGGAGUCACUCCAGGUGAACAAAAUAAACAAUGGUCCUCAGUCGUCUGAAGAUAUCACCUCCCCUGCUCCGCUUGAAGAGCAAUUGCCCUCAAAUAGGAGAGACUCUAUUCUCAGCGGUGGAUCCCGGCCUGCAUCUAGACGGUCAUCAGUCUCCAGUCGAUCAUCGGGGUUGGACUCGCUUGAUCGCGAAAUUCUAGGCCGUCCCGCUAAAGGGAAAUCGAAGACCGGAAAAAAAGGGAAGAAGUCAGAUGGCCGUGGAAUUGGCAAGAAGCGCCAGCCCAAUGUCAACUCUGCCUAUAAUCGCCGAUGGUGA